CCUUGUACUCUCUUAUAAAUUUUGAACUAAACUUGCUUCAUUAAUCAUCUUCAUCGCACAUUAUAUAUAUCGAUCACUCCCCAAUCAAAACCAAAGCAGCAGAAGAACUAUUUAGUAUAUUCUGUUUUUUCUGGUCGAGAAGAUGAAAAACUCAAACAAUACAAGUGAUUCACCAAAACUUGAUCGCAAAACUAUUGAAAAGAACCGCAGAAUUCACAUGAAAGCCCUAUGCUUCAAGCUUAUGUCUUCUAUUCCUGCUUCCAAGUACCUCAAACCUACUAAGGACAUGCUAGCGCAGCAGGACCAAUUGGAUCUAGCAGCCGGGUAUAUAAAGCAUAUGAGAGAAAAAAUAGACAAAUUGAAGGGGAAGAAGGAGCAAGCCAUGAGCAUGAUGAGUUCAAGUCGAAGCAAUGAUGGAUUUUUCAACAUUAGCACAAAAUUGCCCCUGCUUGAGAUAAGAGACUUGGGUUCAGCCAUUGAAGUGAUGUUGAUAACUGGGUUGAACAAGAACUUCAUGCUCUACCAAGUCAUUUGUGUACUUGAGGAAGAAGGGGUUGAAGUUGUCACUGCAAACUUCUCUACUAUUUCUGACAAGAUUUUUUACACCAUUCAUGCUAAGGUUAAAAUAUCAAGACUUGGUGUUGAGCCCACCAGGGUAUAUCAGAGGCUUCAGGAGUUGAUUUCACCAAUAGAAAGUUAGGAGUGCAUAACAUGAAGACAUGCAACAUAGCCACAAUAUCACAACCUUGCUAGCUGCAAUAGAACUA